AUGCCCACAGAAAUAGAACAUUAUAUGAAUCGAGAUGAAAAUUUGACAGAGUACUUGUCAUCCUAUUAUGAUCCAACAACGGGAAUAGAAUUAAAAGGUGAACUGGAAGAAGUCGAAAGAAGUCCAAAUCAAAUGCCGAAGUUUGUUUUUCGCGGAAUGCCUUGUUCGUGUAUCAAUAUGACAUGUGAUUGCUGUACGGGUAUUAAUUUAACCGCAAUUAAUUUUAAUCGACGUGCAUGUACUAAGUUCACUUACGAUCCUCAAGAGUUUGCUAUCAAAAUGGCUUUCAGCAUGAACGAAAAAGAAAUAUUUUCUAGUUCCUUGUCUGCAAAAAAUCCUCCACCAAUUUGCAUUCCAUUCGCUUUUUUGCCUGCAAUAACGUUCUGUGCUCGAUUAUACGACAUUCACACACCUGGCAAGAAUCUUCAUGCUUGUUUGGAUCUUGAAACACGCGUGGUGAACGCACCGAUUUUAAUUCUACAUUUCAAUUGCAUGAAAAUCGGUAUGGAUGGUAUAUCCUUGCUAAAACCAAAUGAAAAUAUAACCAAUUAUUUUCCAUCGAUUAAUUCGAACGAUCCAGAAAUUUACGACGAAGUUAAUUUCGAACAAUCCGAUCUCGAAAUUACGAACAACGUUGGUACAACUCUUAGUCCUGAAGACGAAGCUGCGAUUGGACAAUUAAAAUAUUGA